AUAGGUCUGUCGGUUUGUGGCGCCCGUCGACUGUCGCUGUCGCUGUCGCUGUCGUUUCGUGUGCGCGCGCGAGUAUCAACUAUCAACUUGUUCCUCCAAGUUCGGCCAAGUGCGUUGAGCGUUCUCACGCGCGCCUCCGUACAUCCUACUGUGGCUUCCGUGGUAUCGUGCGGAUCGUACCUCCCGCGAUCACGUUUGCCCGUUCAUCUCUCCGUCCGUCCGUCCAUUCGUUCAUACGUCGCGCAGAAUCGCGGUCACCGGGUCGAAUUUCGAGAAACGGGUCUCGUCGCAUACUCCACACGCAUGCACGCAUACGUACGUUGUUGUUUCCGUAAGCAUCGAGAUGCGUAGAAAGACGAUCGUAUCGAGAGCAACAGAAUAGUCGAUAGCGCCGUGCUUUUUCGUUUCGUGAGGUGGUAUUGGAGUCGGAAGCUGCCCUUGGACCCGGAACCGGCGGAAAAUGAGAUGUCCGGCAAAUAAGGGCAUGCAGUAAUGAGGAUGACAAGAAGUUGCUUGAAAACCGCAGAACGUAAUCCACCGUGCCGUGACUGAAAGUGAUUCCGUGAAGAGUAAACGACGACAAUUCAUCUAAUCGGCAAGCGUCGAUCAUCGGAAAAUUGAUCGAUUAUCGUGACGUAAAAGACUGAAGACCGCGCGCGAGAAAAGGAACUUUCAUUCGAUGGAGAUCAUGGUGUGACUCGUGUGCGGCCGAUAGAAGGAAUCCCUUGGGGAAGAUUGACGAGGUUGUCGGGUGGUUGUGUGAUUCCGGUGGUGGUCGGUUGUAGUGCUGGUAUAGUGGUGCUUGAUACGUAGCUACGAAUCAGAGGCCCGUUGGCGCUUAGGCGUCGUCUUCAUCGGUUUACUCAUGCUGGGAGUGCUGAAGCGGCGCUGGAAGCCAUCGAAAAGGGCUUCCAGCGGCCGCGGACCCGAUUCGCCCCUCAGCUCGGAUUUGGCGCUUGACAAGCCUCGCUCUAUACCAUCCCCCAGACAAAUCCAUCCGUUAUACGGAGAAAAAGCUGGCCUUUUGGGUUACUGCGACACCGUCGGUAACACGGAGAAUUACCCACCAGCCCCUAACAUCGUUGUCGAGGGUGGUAGAAUCGAAUUCGUGCGCCCUUCACAAGAUGGCACGACAACAACCCGAAGGAACACCAUGUCCAGAGCUUCACAGACCUUCAACGAACAUGAGGAGAAGUCCGAUCCUGCCAAGGAAAGUCUGGAGGAACGAGUGCAAGAGUUGGAGCAAGCGUUACUAGCGGAACGUAUCGCGGCUCAACGAGAUCGAGCAACAAUCACAAAAUUACAGCGGCAAAUCAACAAGAGGGAGGCCACGCAACGAGAUGUGGAACGAGAACGCCGGCAACGAAUGGAGGCCGAAGCUCGAGUGCGCGAGGCUACGGCUGAGGCUGAAAGAGCACGCUCGAGAAUCCAUCAUCUUCAAAGAGAACUGGCCAGAAUGGAGGAGUCGUCACGAAAUUUGUUGCAACAUAAGCACCGAGCCGAACAGCUGAAGCAGGAGAAAACGGCGCUUACACUGUCCUACGAAGCGCGCGUACAUCAAUAUCAGGCGCAGAUAUCAAAGCUGCAACUGGAGAAUGAGUCGAUGCGUGGUCAACUACGCGGCCUGGAGGCAGCAUGCGCCGGUGAAGUGCACGCCGCGCUGGUGGCACGUUUGGCAACCCUUGAAACGGAGCACGCAGCCUUAGCACGAGACGCUGACGCCCAACGUCGACAAUAUGAGCGGUGCCUGGACGACGUCGCCAACCAGGUGGUCCGCGCUCUCUUAUCGCAAAAGGGUCUUAGGGAGGAAAUAGGUGCAUUGCAAAGACGUAUACGAGAGCUUGAGGCUCAAAAUCGAGCAUUAUCAGGACUCUUGGCGCAGGCUGCCAGUCCUGAAAGCCCUACUGAACUUAUCCAAGGAAUUCUCGAGGCUGGUCCAACCGCCCUGGUCGCCGCUUUGGGUCUGGACCCUUCCUGGGUACCCCUCUCAAGACCGCGUUCCCUCAAUUUACAAAUACCUGUGAUGGCAACCACUAAGUGUCGACGUAGUAGACCUCUUGCGCAAAAACCGUCGGAGGAAGAAGGCAGCGAAAGCCCAGAAAGCGGUAAUCGCGACGAGGGCUACUCGACCAUGUCGAGUGAUGUUCAAGGUGAGGGUACGCGUCAGGAACCAUCUGUGCGCGGCCUUGAAGAUCUGAAGGAGGCCACCGACGAGACCGAAGCUGAUGUGUCGCCGGAUGCUCGUCUCGUCGCCCUCGACGCCAGCGAUCCGGACGUCCUCUUUCUACCUCUGAAUCUCACUGUGGGCAUCAAUCCGCGCCACAGCUAUCCGCCGACUAAAGAUCUGUUACCCUAUCAGCAUGUAAUGCGUAGCUUCUCCGACAGUCAUCUCUGUCUCAAGCUCACUACUACUGCCAAUUUUACACCGUAUAAACUGCCUAGCCCCCUAGGCUCAUCUUCUCUCUUGCUAGUGGAGGAGGAAGGUUGGGACACCGAAUAUGUACAACAAUGGCUUAGGCUCGAUGAUAGUAGAAGUACGCAACAACAUCGAGAUCUGCUCGAAUUGGAAUAUGACAGAGCGGAGUUGGAGGAUUGGAGUUUCUCCCUGUCCACAGAAGACCUCGUACAAAAUGAAUCCGCAAUAUGGAAGGAGCAACCAGCUACAAAUACACCUGCCCUGCCAGCAAUCAAGGAACAUAAUCUUCUGGAAUUGGAGGAGGACGCAAACGAAUGUCUGUGGAACGGUGCGAGCUAUCUUGCCGAUAGGACCGGAGGAGAGCUGGUUGCGCUUUUAAUGGACGCAAGGACAAACGGACCUUGGCCAUAUGCCUCAAGUCCCGGUGCGUCCUGGAGUAGUGAGGAAGGUGCCCUGGAGAACUCGAGUAAGCGUUCAUCGGCGGCACUCUCUGGCUGCAGCGACGAUCCUGACACUCCGUCAAUCGGCACGGACUUCACCAGGGACUUUUACCGGCUAGUAAAGUUCGAGAGCACCAAGAGCUUGGCGAGCACGUCCUCCAGAAGUGGUAGGCCACCACCGGAUAGAGAACAAGCGCUUCAGAGUGUCCUGUCUUUCAUCGCCGAACAACAGAUGUACCUCGCAGAGUUACCGAAUAAUCCUGUGGAAUCGCAGAACGUGUCUCACUCAACAGAAGAAUUGGUCCCUAAUAAAACUGAUUCUACGGGAGAGACAAAGAUAGCGAAGCUAGAAAGUUCGUCCGUUCAAGAGCAUAGUCGCAUCGGAAAUGCGAAUGAAAUGAGCAGCAACAAUGAGCUACUCGAUCAGAUACAGGUACCACCAUUGACACUCGAGGAGAGGAUUGUAAGCGCUGUGUCGUGUAAUGGCGGUAUCACAUAUACAACGGUAGCAUCGGAAUUAGGAGCUGUUCCCGAGGAGGACGAAGAGGCAACUUCCUCUACGCCUAGUACAGUUGUCAGCCCGGCACGAGCAACGCUUCUCGUGGAGGGCAGAGAUCGAACAUUGAGCUUCCAUGAACGUGCCACAUCCAAGGACGUUAUAGAUGAAUUGAAUCGCAUGAUUCGAAAGGGUGAAGAUACUACUGCUGUUAACAUCGUUAAUAACGAAUCGCAGGUACCGCUUGAGAAAUUGGAUCUUGCUUGCUGCUGUCCGACAGGAUGGGUUCACGUUGAACGUGAUAUUGACUUCACCGACCCCAAGGCCAGAGCAAAUCUCUUAGACGUGAUGUUAGCAAGCAGCGAAAGUUCUUCGGCGACAUCGAGUAGUGGUUCGGCAGGUAGCGACUCGGGAGAUGAACCACCUGAUUACCGUCACUUGCACAGAUUACACCGGUACCGACGGCAAAAAAAAGCGUCGGCGGCCCAGGCGCACCGCGUCCUCCGGCUGCCAUCCACCUGGGGCUCGUCCCGGCCGUCAAUCAUCGGCCGUGGCGAUGACUUCUUCGUACGCUACGGGGACAAGGAGCGCGAGGCGGUGGCCUCGUUCGAUUUCCUUGAUGAAUUCGUCGCGGCGGUGACAACGUCGUCAGCGAUAGGUCCCUCCUCAUUGCUCGGCUCGGACAGCAGUCCUCUCGACUUGGACAAUAAUGCACCAUCUGCUGAUCUCAACAGUGACAUCAUGAAGCUCUCGCCAUUCUAGGAUCAACAGCGACAGAUUGAUUUUAUAAAACGCGUAAAUUUUUUUGUCUGAAUACGAGUUCUUCUCAACUGAUGAAACACAGACUUCA